CAUAUAUGUACUUCUAGUGUGCGUGUCUGAGAGAGAGAGAGAGAGAGAGAGAGAGAGAGAGGGAUGGAGAUGGCUGAAGCUGGGCAUUUGGCAUCAGGCAGAAGCAUCAAAAGCAUUCUCAGCUGGCAUCCAACAAACAGAAGAUCCCACAAGUUGCUGUGUCAUGCUUCAAAAACCAUUGCUGUUCCAAGGAGAAAAGACAUGUCGGUGAUAGCAAAAAAGGGUUGCAAAACGUCCCGUCGUUUGAUAACAAUAUCAACAGGAGAUGGAAGAUGGCAUGGAAAAUGGACUUCCCAAUACCUAUUCUCCCUUCAGGAACUACAGUUGGAAGAUUUGAUUGAAGAUGAACAAAGAGAUACUGAGGUUUCUAUCAAUCUUUGCGUCCAAAAGCGUGCCAGCUUUGGCUUCUCAGUGGAUGGAAGGAUCAUCACAUCCUUCACCGGAAAAUGUAGCAACUGCUCUUCUCCAUAUUGUAAAGAGAUUGAUACCAAAUUUAAUGUCUGGGUUCUACCAUGCAAUAGUGAUAAAGGUGAAAUAACACUACCAGAAAUUGGCGGCGACGAUCCAUCAGUUAUCUAUGUGAAGCCAGGUUAUGAAUCUAAUCUUGAUCCAUUAAUACAAGACACAAUUAGGCUUACCACGUCUGUCAAAGAUACAUGCUUGGAGUCCUGUGACAGAUCUGAACCGACAUUGCAAUUUCCCACAGAAAUUGUCGGACGAAAUGUAGCUUCCAUCUAUAAGAGGUGGUCUAGACUCUUAGAGCUGAAGCAAAAAUCUUUGCCUUUGUGAGAAUUCCACUUGUAUUUGUAUAUAUAUAGAAUAUAUAUUUUUUUAACCCUCGACAAUUUCUAAUAUCUCAAUCCAUCUCAAACAAUUCAAUCUCA